GCUCACUAGCUUUCGGCGGCUGCUCCCGGGGCGGCUACCCCGAGCCUCUGUGGCUCGGUACGGCAAGCCCUUUGGGGACAAAAACCUUCCCUCUUCCGUGGGCAAACCUGGGGCGGCCAGCAUCAGCAUCUCUGUUGCGCCGCUGCCCCGGAGGCAGGAGGGGGCUGACCCGGCGCGGAGGUCGGGCCGCCUGGGGCCUGCGGCCUGCGCCGCCGCCGCGGCCCGGAUGUUGCGAUGGCUGAUCGGGGGAGGCCGAGAGCCGCAGGGACUGGCCGAGAAAUCUCCUUUGCAGACAAUAGGUGAAGAGCAAACCCAGAACCCCUACACUGAGCUGCUUGUCCUGAGAGCUCAUCGCGAUAUUGUGCGGUUUUUGGUGCAGUUAGAUGACUGCAGAUUUGCAUCUGCUGGUGAUGAUGGAAUUGUAGUUGUGUGGAACGCUCAGACAGGAGAAAAACUUUUGGAACUCAGUGGACACACUCAAAAGAUAACAGCUAUUAUUACAUUUCCUCCCUUGGAAGCUUGUGAAGAAAAAAAUCAACUGAUCUUGACAGCGUCUGCUGAUAAAACAGUUAUUGUGUGGGAUUGUGAUACGGGCAGACAAGUUCGGAAAGUGUCCUGCUUCCAUUCUACUGUGAAGUGCUUAACUAUUCUUCAGAGACUAGAUGUUUGGCUCUCUGGUGGGAGCGACCUUUGUGUGUGGAACCGAAGAUUAGAUCUCCUGUGUAAGACUAGUCACCUUUCUGAUACAGGGGUCAGUGCUUUGAUUGAAAUCCCUAAGAACUGUGUUGUGGCAGCAGUUGGCAAAGAGCUGAUAAUUUUCAAGUUGGUCGCACCCACAGAAGGAUCACUAGAAUGGAAUAUUCUUGAAGUUAAGCGCCUCCUUGAUCACCAGGAUAACAUUCUCUCGUUGGUUAAUGUCAACGAUCUGAGCUUUGUGUCCGGCUCCCACGUUGGAGAGCUGAUCGUCUGGGAUGUCUCGGACUGGACCGUGCAAGCCUGUGAACGCAACUUCUGGACACAGCUGGACACCCAGCAAGAAAUAAAACUCUGUCAAAAACCAAAUGACAUUUCUAUUCAUCAUUUCACAUGGGAUGAAGAGAAUGUAUUUGCUGCGGUUGGAAGGGGUUUAUAUGUGUAUAACCUUCAAAUGAAGCGUGUGAUUGCCUGCCAGAAAACCGCACAUGACUCCAGUGUCCUGCACAUUGCCAGACUCCCAAACAGGCAGUUAAUCUCAUGCUCAGAAGAUGGCAGUGUACGCAUUUGGGAGUUACGAGAAAAACAGCAGCUUGCAGCAGAGCCUUUACCAACAGGUUUUUUUAACAUGUGGGGAUUUGGAAGAGUGAACAAGCAAGCCAGCCAACCUGUUAAAAAGCAACAAGAGAACACCACUCCGUGUUCGCUGGAGCUCAUCGGAGAUUUGAUUGGGCACUCGUCCUCUGUGGAGAUGUUUCUGCACUUUGAAGAUCACGGACUAGUGACAUGCUCUGCAGAUCACCUCAUUAUUCUGUGGAAAAAUGGAGAACGAGAAUCUGGAUUGCGCAGUUUAAAAUUAUUUCAAAAACUAGAGGAGAAUGGCGACUUAUAUCUGACUGUCUAGUCUAAGGAAUUUGGAAUACAUGUGCAUGAAUCGUGGACAUCAAAUAUAGGGUAAUACUCUGAAAAUUAUGAACAUACUGAUCACUUAAAUUUGUAAUGCAUUUUUUUCCUUGUCAUUCCGUAAAAUUUGUUUGAAUUCUUUUUUGUGGGUCUGCCAACCAGCAACAAGUUGCUCCUCAGGUAUUGGCACACCCACCAAAUAACAGACCACGGGUUUUUCAUCUGACUUUUCACAUAGCAGUAACCUGAAACCACUGAGGAAGUGGGUCUAAUUUCAGCAGUGACUUUUCUGAAAGUGACAUUUUCAGAUCAUAGCACAAAUAUCUGUUGAUUCAGAAUUAAAUUAUACCAUUAUGUCCUUACAAGUUUUUUUAAAAAUUCCACACCAGAAAUUGUAUGAACUUAUGUUUAAUGAGUGGAAUAGUACUCAGAACCUAUUUAUUUAAUAUCAUUUUAUUGCCUCUAAUUAAAUUCUUAUCACCAGAAAUCAGAUUUUUAAACUUACAUGUAGUCUCUUUCAUUUAGCCUUUUUGGAUUUUGACUUUGUUUUCGAAAAUGAAUAUUUUAACUAGACCUGUUCAUUCUUUUAAAAAUUUAUUUAAGGAACCUGCGCUUAAGGAAAUAAAUAUACAUGAUAAUUAUAGAAGAUACUUUGGGAGAAAAAUGAAAAAGCCACGCAAAAGUAGGUAGGAUGCUAUAGCACAUCUGGGAUUUAAACCUUGAAAUCUCCAGAAAACGGACCCCUGCCUGCAGGAGAUGAAAGGUGUAUAAUUGCACCUUGCUCUGCUGUUGGAGUGGGGAAUGCUGUUUUUUUGAGCUUCUGAAUUUGACCCUAAACCUUGUGAGGAGACAGAAGUAGAGAUAACAGUAAAGUUGUGGCAUUUAUUAGAAGUGUUUUUUUAUUUUGUUUUCUGUGGAGCCCAUUUGAUUAAGGAUUCUUGUGAUAAAUUUAAAUAUAUCCUUUCUCCUGCAAA